AAACAUGGAGCUUUUAAACAUAUUUUUGAGCAGAAAUAAAUUUAACAAGCUGUCAGGACGCCCUUUUAGGGGAAUGAAGAAAUCUAACACAGAAAUAUAUAUCUUCUCAAACGAUAUUCAUGAAGUUGAAGAUCCUUUUUUUGACGACUUAGAAGGCACAUCGAUCAUAACCAUGGAUUGUCAGAACCUCAAAGGACUUCCACAUGUUAGAAAUUCUUCGCGGGUAAUUUGUACAAAGUAUUUCUCCAAUAAUUGGAUCGCACGUCUUAGCAAGGAAGUGGCUCUUUCUCUCUCGAUAUCUGGGUUCUUGUGUCACAAAAACAAAAUUACUCAUUCAUAUCGGUGUAUGCCUUGUAGRCCGGGUACAUUUGGUUCAUAUGGCGAAUGCUUGAACUGUUCUGCAGGAGGGUUUUUCCAGGAUGAGUUAGCACAGRUACAUUGCAAAACGUGCAACAUCGGUACAUUUGUCCAUCCCAAGAAUGCACCAGCCACYGGACCGCUGACUUGCCAGGCAUGUCCACAAGGUACACAGUCAAGUCAAUGGUCAGGAUACAGAGCAUGCAAAUGUCUACAAAACUUCUACAGAUUUGAUCGAUUUGAUCGGUGCUUUCCAUGUCCAAGUAAAGGUGUAAAUUGUACCAACGACUACGCCAUUCUUUCAGAAGGCUACUACUGGGAAUGGACAAAUGAAAGCAUGAAAAACGACUACGAUAGGUACAUUACCAACUUGAUGAUUGAAAGCAGGGACUACACAAACGGGACGUGGACAUUUACAGGGUCGCUUCCAGUACCUCACAAAUGCCCGCGUAAGUCAUGCCGCGGUGGACUGAACUCUAGUUGUGUCAUUGGUUACCAUGGUCCUCUCUGCUCACUCUGUGACGUAGGCUAUUAUAACAGRAUGAACAGAUGUAUCCGCUGUCCUACAACACUGUGGGCUACCAUCAAAGUGGUCAUAGUUAUUGUACUGUUCAUAUUACUUCUUCUUGCCAUUAUGUGGGGAGAUAGGAAAAAAGUAGGAAAAACAGACAAUGGCAACGAACGAGGAAGAACCAUUGCUGACAAGAUCUUGUCGUGUUUCAAGAUUGUCAUUGGUUUUUACCAGGUAAUGUCUGGAGUUUACUCGGCUUCCAUACGCGUUGAAUGGCCUUCAUCUGUUAUUUGGAUGCAGAAAGCUGUUCAGUUUAUCCAGUUUAAUGUCCUGGAAAUCGCUCCUCUAAGCUGCAUAUCAUCAAAACUGUCUUUUAACGUCCUUCAACAGUUCGUCAUUGUUAUUGGUUUGAAUGCUGGUGUCGUUGGUGCAUUUCUUGUCUAUCUGGUCGUUCAAAUCUUAUUUCUUAGGAGAAGAAAAUCAAAUCGUUCUCAAAUAGACAUCGAAGAAGCUGUUCUAAAAGAUAAAAGUUCAGCCAUUCGUAAUAUUUGUGUUUUUCUGUUUGCGUCUUAUCCCAAGACUUGCACGAGUAUCAUCCAAGUUCUGCCAGUGAACUGCUUGUCUCUCUGCUUUGAUAACCAACACGACCAUUGCAGCUCGUAUCUUCGUGCUGAUUUCUCGAUUCUUUGCAGCACAAAACCGAACUACACCAAUUACUCGCUGGCUGCUAUGGUUUUCCUUUGGUAUCCUAUCGGCUUUCCUUUGGUCGUGAUGAUCUUAGUGUGGAAAUACGCCUCAAAAGGAAGCAUUGAAGAUGAAAAUGGCGGACAAUGCACUGAUCAUGACGUUCCUUCAAGUGGAGCGUUCACCUUCACGACAUCUUCAGCCGAAUCUCCAUUCAAAGCUGGUCUUCGUCUGUUCAGUGAGAACUACAAGCCAAAUUGCUGGUACUGGGAAGGAUUGGAAAUGAUCCGGAAGUUGGUUCUCGUUUCCGGGUUAGCUCUGAUUGGUGAACACAGUCGUACCCAGGUUGGUCUCGGCGCAAUUGCUUCAGCGCUGUUUGCAGUUCUUUACGUAUACAAACGUCCAAUCAGAAACAACUUUGAAAACCUUCUGCAAACCAUCUCGUUAAUGGCGAUAUUCUUAAAUCUUGGUAUUGGCACGAUGUUGAAGUCAUCUGACAACAGCGACGACAUCACUGUGAACAAGCACAAUGACAACAUUGGUGUCUCAGURUUGCUGAUUAUCAUUAAUACUCUCGUCAUUGGCUUGGUUAUUGGUACUGUUUCGAAGGCUAUCAUCACAAAGUGCACCAAGUGUUGCCAUGGUCCCAACCAUACAUCAUGCUUCGGUCGUGUGAAGGCCUGUAUGAGCUGCUGUAAGAGCUGCUGUCUGAGCCUUCUACUCUUCCAUAAAACGAGCAGCGGUACUUUCACAAGUGAUAGUCGUGAACGAGAUGCAUUGAUAAAUGAAUCUCGUGGAGUGUGAUGGAUUUSAGGACUAUUUUUACUACAAUUUUCAGACAGAUCAAAAAUGAAUGAAAAUGGAAUAAGUCAUGUUGUUUUUCUUUCUCCUCCCUACCUCGAUCCUAUAUAUAUAUUUUUUCUUUUCAAUUUCAAUCUUACUGAAAAUCUUUGGUUUAUUUUUAGAAUUGACGUCAUUGUGAGGGUAAUCAACAAAUAUUCAAUAAAUAAUAGAGUAUGAUAUAAUGAGAUGGUGACUAAACCAAAUGUCUUGAAAAAAUCGGCCUCGUUAGUGUAGUUUGCAGCUGGUUGAAUAUGAUACGAAAUGCGUAACUUACCAUUUGCUGUUCAAGGCCUUUACGAGCUGUUUACUCUAUUCAAAGAUUCGAAAAUAAAAAAGCCCCCUUUCGAAUCUUUUGUUUGUCAAGUAWAGCGAGUUGAAGCCCCUUCCAGACAGGAGUUUCGUAGCUGAUAUCGUCAUAAAUAGACGAAAACAAGAGUCUUUUAAGGAAUCAAACAGAGCUUGYAUUGAUCCAAACAAGACAACGCAUACCAUGUUUAUGAGAAAUCUCUUGCGCUGCACCAGCAUGUUCCGCAUUGCUGCCAUUGUCGUACUACUUCUUGGAAUGACAUUUGGUAUCCAUGGAAACCGGCAUUUAGUAACGUUGCCAAACCCGAUGGAAACUCCAAAAAUGCAGAACCAGUCAUUAAUGGCUUGUCAAGGAGGAAAAUAUGCUUCUCUAAGUGUAGAAUUUGUUCCAAAACGAAUUGUUCGUGGUGAAAUGGUGGCUGUGAAAGGAUCUGUAACUCCAAAAUCUGAUAUCCUGUAUUURGCUUGCAAAGCUUCUUUGAAAUGGAAUGGAAUUACUAAGUUUUCUCAAGUUUUUCCUGACUUAUGUGAUAACACCAGAGUUAGUUGUCCUAUGUUAAAAGGAAAAACCUACGUGUUCAAGUCUAAACCAAUAAUCUCUUUGCUGGGUGUUUUGGUAAAGGGCAARUACCACGUCGAAGCGUUAUGUACAGAUCAAAACAACCAAGAAAUAGCCUGUCUCAUUUGGGAUUUUACUUGGCUUUAGAUGUAGCUUGAUCAUGUGUGUUUUAGUGAAAAUUUCAAGUUCGCAUUUCAUUCAAAUGCCAAUGKUUUUUAUACAAACAGACUUAUGAGUGAUAAAAGUCGUUUGUUUUCAUCCAUUUUUUUUCUAAAUUUCAUAUUUUACAGUUAGUAUGUAACGCACCGUGAAACAUAAUAAGUUGAAUAACUGCUGGACGUUAAAAUACACCUGUUUUCAAAAACGUUGUACAAAUUCAAAUAAAUUUUGCGUUAUUUCAUG